CUUUCACCAUGUGAAGACAUGGAUCCCGGCCAUGGCCAUGGCGUUGACCGCGCGGAGGGGCACCGCCAGCGUGGCGCCCUAUGUGUCGCAGUCGCCAGCGUCCCGAGGGGCAGAUGGCCUGGCUGUGCGGAGGCCACGUGUGGAGCCUUUUGCCAAGUUGCCACCGGUACCGGUGAGUGAGACCUUGGUGGAAAGCCGUCGGAAGCUGUGGCACUUGCUGGGCAGAGCUCAAGCGCAAAGGAUGUAUGAGACUGAUACCGAGGAUGGCGAAGACCGCAUCUUUGGUUCCAAGGAGUUGAGCAAAACCUUGGUGCUGGCAGCAGACCUGGGUUCGGACAAAGAACUGCAGAAAGAUGCAUGGAACAACACAUUGGCUGAGAUGUUUCAACUGGCAAAGAUUGGCGCUUUGGACAAUGUGGCCCUCUUCAUGGCUGCACAAAGUUUGUACCGCUUGCGCAACACAGAGUUCUCAGCCUCCUGUCAUCCAGGAUCGCUUCGACUCUUUGUCCUGGUUCUGCAGACGGCCUUGGGAAGGACCAGCACAGCUUCCAUGCGUCACCUUGCCAACGUCACCCACUGGCUGGCCCGUUCCGCCGAGAUGGUGGCGGGACACCCUGCCUUGCAGCAACAGAUUGGACAGCUGACCAUUCGCGCGGCAGAGGAACUCCUGGUGCGACAGCACGCAGGGUCAGCUGUAAGUGGCCGCGAAGUUGGUGCAAUCUGCGAAGCUGUCCGUUUACUCGGCCUGCGCAAUGAUUUGUUUCUCACAUACUUGCGGCGUUUGCUGAGGAAAGACUGGGAGAUGAUCUGGACACCCAAAGCGCUGAUCGACGCGGCCACGUGUUUGGUGCACUUUGAGCAGAAGGAUGUCAGAGCCUGGCAGGCCUUGGCCUAUCGAAUCGAGUCGGAGCUGCCCGUGCUGUCACCCAGCGCCCUGACGGAGGUCUGCUCCGCCUUCGUGGCCGCGUCGCUGCGCGGUGUGGAGCCGAAGAUGGCGCGGCGACUGACAGAGGUUGCCAGCAGUUUGAACGCCAAGGACCUCAGUAGGCUUUGUUCCGCCUUAGCCGCGUUGCCGGAUGCCUUCGGAGGACCAGAACUUGAGGCUCAGCUGGCAGAGGCCUUGGUCAAGGCCAUCCCCCGCCGCGCCGGCGACCUCGGCAGCCGCGGCCUGGGCGCCGUCUGCGGCGUCCUGGCGGGCUGGCGCACGGCCUCGGUGCCGCUGCUGGCGGCGCUGGCGAAGUCGGUCAGCGCGGUGGAACCCGGGGAAGUGGAAGUGAUGAUCCACGCCCUGUUGCAGCUGGGCGGACAUGAGGUACUGGGAAGCUGCCCUGCCCUGCUUCAAGGCUUCCUUGGCAGCUGCCGCGCUGCCGCUCAGCUGCCUGGUGGCCCUGGGGAUCUGUCAAGCUGUGUGGCGGUGCUGCAGCACGUGGCAUUGGCGCGGCUGCAGGAUGUGGAACUUUGCCAUGCAGCGACCAUGGCGUGGAUGCGGAGAGAUUUAGAUGCUGAUGCUCCCCGCAGUUUGUUGACUGGCAUGCGUUUGGUGGCACUCUGCGGCGGCGCCGGAGCCACCUCCCUUUUGCCGCAGUUGCUGAUGACGCUGCCUGAACGGCUACUGAUGCAUCCUGAGGGACUUCCACAGGACCACGUCGCUGGCGCCUUUGCUCUGGCCCUGAAGUCCUUGGCCUUGUACCGCUUCCAACCACCCUAUGGCUGGCGAAGGGCGGCGCAGAAGAUGUUAGAGACUGGAGCUUUGUCGGCCCCCACGGCCUUUUCUUUGCUGAUGUCUUUGUGGGCAUUAGAUGAGCUUCGCUCACCGAAGGAUGUGAUUUCAAUUUGUGGAGGCCCUUCUUUCCAAGACCUUUCGGGCUUGUCCUCUGCGGCCAAAUUGACGCUGUGCAUCGGCUGUGCUUGGCGGAUCCCAGCGACGGAACGACUGCAGCUGCAGAGAUGGAAAGCGUGGCGGGACGAGUUGAAUUUGGAGGAUGUACCAGCAGUAGACCCCGCAGAUUUGGCUGGUUUUUUACGAAGCCCUGCUUCGACUUGGCCUGGCAUUCUGCAACUGCUUGAGGCAGACAGCGACCUUCAAUCAGAGAGACUGGCCCCAGUCCGCCCCGAUUUCCGGCUGGAAACCUGGUUGCAGCCACGAAAACAGGAGAAAGACAAUGCUCGUUGCUGCGAGGGAUUUCAGCAAACUGAGGUUGGGGCGCUGGUCGUUUUCGUUGCCGCACGUCUUUGUCACCAAGCAUUCGUGAAGUCCAUCGAGGUGUGGUACUCUUCGCCUGCAAAUCGGCAUUUGUACUUCAAAGCUUUUAAGGAGCAGUACCAACAGACCGGCAAGGCAGACUUUUCAGCCUUCAUGAAGACCCAUCCAGAGACAAUCUCCCAGACCUUUGGUGACGAGGCGACCUCUGAGGGGCAGAUGGUGAAGGCUAUGGUGGCGCCCAGUGCCAUCAUCAUGGCCAUAGGUGGCAUCAUGAUGCGAUGUGGUGGCAACUCCAUGUGGGGCUACGUUUUCCACGCCUUCCGGGGCUUGAUGACUCCCUUUGGCCUUCUGAUGGUACUGCAGACGCCAGUGGUCAGCGGAGCUGGUGCUGGAAACAAGGAGCCACUGCACGUGAAAGCACGUGAAAGCACCCUCCUCGUGCUGUGCGCUCCGGCGGCUUGCGCCGCGGUGGGUGACAUCCUGUUGGCCUCUUUCGAUGGGAAAGCCAACCACUCCUGGAAGCAGAUGAACGACCCAGUUAUGGGCGGCAAAUCCACCGGGAGCUUUGCGGUGGAGAACCAGCUGGGCAUCUUCGAUGGAGAAGUGGUGGACGUGCCCUUUCUGAAGGCUCCAGGCUUUAUCAAGGCCUCCGUGGUGGAUAUGAACUUGUUUGGACACAUUUUUCCUGACAUUUCGGCUUGCAAGAGCAUCACCUUGGAGGUGAAGUCGGACACCGACUACAAGGGCUACCGCUUCUCCAUCGGAAACGCCCAUGCGCCUGGUGGCAAGUUCUUCGCCUAUGGCUACAAGAGCAAUUUCGAUGCAGGCAAGGUGGGCGAGUGGAUGCUUGGAUGGUCCUGCUGGUGGGCCGGGAAGCACCAAAGUUUGUGGGGUCAGUACGUCAGCCCAGUUUGGAUCCAUGCUGUAUGUAUGUGUGUAUAUAUAUAUAUAUAUGUGUGUGUGUGUGUAUGUGUAUAG